AUGCCCACUCUCCCCGUCAGGGGCACCGUCUACCUCCUCCCAGGGAAACAGUACAGGCUAGACUUGGCUUACACAAUGCUAGGGCUAACCGGUCAAAUCAUAGCCACGAUACCUCUAGCGGAGAUGGUCAGGGGCAGCAAUCCCCGUCCACCAACCACCAGGAAGAAGAGUCCGCAGAACGAAGAUGCGGCAAGACGUGCGAAAAGACGCGCCGAGGAGGUAGCAGCGUCCCUGCGGCCGUUCAAGAAGCAGCACGCCGGCGGACGGAACUCAAAUGGUCAUCGUGAUACCGCAGGCACUGGGUCGUGA